AAGCACCUUAUGAUGAAGUAAAUGAAUUUAUUACUGAGAAAAUUUGGAGGGAAGUAUUAUAUACGCAUAUGAAGGCGACUGAUCAAACAGCAUUAAAGAAAAAUCCUGAAAUAUUUAAAAAACUUAGUGUUUUUGUAUGCCAAGCUAUUAAGACUAUUCUUAUCAUGCAAGACAAUCAUAAAGACACACAAAAUGCUAUUAGAAAGUGUAAUGAAUAUACAAUUGAUUUAAAAAUUCCAACCAAACUUG